UGUACUGCCUUAGAUAAUCGAGAUAUCUGUCUGGAGUUCGAGUAGUUAACAAGAGUGUUUUUAUGCAUGCAAGAUGAAGAUCAACAUGACCCGCCUUCUACGCAAUGAAAAGAAAACGAAACUUAAUGCCACUGAAAGAAACAUUGCAUUGAACACGUGAAUCGCCUUUGAGUGUCAACAAGCAGAGUUCAACAUGGGUCCGGAACAAUUUCAAUCUCUGAAUAAAAUUAUUUGUGUACUUUGCGAGAAAUCAGACGAAUCUGAAACCACCGGGCCUCUUUCAUCCAAAGAGAGCACCUCCGCACAUGAGAACUGUUUGUUGUUUGCAUCAGGGAUCUACAGCAAGAAUUCACCCACCUAUGACGACCUGUUUGGAUUUGCUGUGGAAGAUGUCAAAGAAGAGCAGCGGAGAGGAAAAAGACUAGUGAAUAUCAUUGCUACAGCAUAUGCACAACACACAUUAACUGCCUCUAAAACUUCAAAUAUUUCCAAAAUAUAUACUAGUGCAUAUGAUUCAUUGGUACGAUGGGCAGAAGUGGAAACACCCAGAAGGAAAAAAAUUAAACGCAUUCUAGACUCAGAUGAUGAAAGUCCCACCAGCACUGACCGUGUAGUAGCUCCAGCAAUGUCAAAUACAAAGGAGUCUAUGCUUCCCAAACAGCCCAGUCAGUCCUCUCCUGUGCCUGAAAAAACAAGGCCGUGUGAAAAACUCAAUCCAUCAACCACAGAAGCUGACGAUGAUGACACAGACAUUGAUUCAGAUGAUUCUCAGAGUUUGUUACAACCAGAAAUGUACCAUAUCACAGUUCCAUGUAGCAUUCUUAUGGACUCUGGACCCUCAGCAGAAUCAGAGUACAGUCUAGAACCUUCUUCACCUGCCGGUGCAGCCCCAGCAGCUAUGUGCACCUCACCUGGGUCUGUCGCGGCCCCUGAACUAGAGGAAACACCAUCCACAAGCAGAACUUCUCCACCGCCCAGAGCUCAAACCACUGACCCUACGCCUAACCAGGACCGUGCCAGCGAUGGUCCCACAGGUCAGCCCGGAUCACCCCCGCAUUCAAGCCCCACUGUUGACGUUUUAGCAGUGUCAAUAUCUGCAGUACAAACACUCUCACUCUUAGUACAAGCAUCUCACUUAAAAUCUGAGCAGCUACCAGAACCUUCUCCUCCGGCAGGGGUUUCUUCAUCACCAGGUCGUCCCGCUGCAGCAGAUGCUUCUGAUGUGGGUACCACAGAGAAAUCCCAGUCCAGUGCUGCCAUAUUCUGGACCAGAUGUAAUGAGGCUGGGUGGACUAAAGAAGUCUUCUCAGAGCUCGUGUCUCAGCUGAGCAGCCUAGGAGAAAGAGUGCUGUCACAGGAAGCCUGCCACCAAGACUAUGAUGUUGCUCUCAAAGUAUUGUUGGCAUCUGGACAGCUGCCUUGCAUUUUUACUCAGCUGGAACAAGACCUGGAGAAACAGGAAAGGGAUUUGCAGAGGAAAAAAGCAGCAUUGAGGGAUGCCAAAGCUGUACUAGAUGUUUAAUAUAACAAUCUAACAGAAUUAAGAUGUUUUAUCGUUUUUAAAAAUGUUUUUUUAAAGUCCAGAACAUUUCUGCAGUUUGCAUACAUCAGAUGGUUUUGAUCAGACAUUUUUUACAUCAGUAAUAGAAAUCUCAUGAAAU